AUGGAAACCAGACGGGUCUCGCGGGCCGCCGACGAAGUACAGGGAGCCGCGAGGGUCAAGUUUCAGACGCCGAUGGAAAUGACCCUCGCGGCUCCCUGUACUCCGUCGGCGGCCCGCGAAGUUUCCGCGAGAGCGGCUGGUUUCCAGGGCGACUCCUGCAAACACAACGCGGGUCCCUCGGCUACCGGGAGCGAGCAGGGCCGUUUUGUGCCUUCGGGGAGACGCGGAGCUGAGAGAGGGGGCGGUGUGAACGCGAGGUAAGAGGCAGGGAGGCGGCCCCGUCGCCAACCAACACUGUGGCGGCUUCUCGCCAGCCUCGCGCUCUCCGCGAAGGGCGGCAGGAAAAGCUGGUGGGAAUAUGAACCCGGCAUCAGGUGAGGCGGUGCUAGUCAUCCAAGCAAAACAGGGAAACGAGUCGAGCUUCUGGGCUGAAUCGUUUCCACGACGGUUUUACGAGGCGCUGUUCCCGGAGACGCCGCGAGGCUCAGAGCAGCGCCUGGACCAGGGAGGGUCAAGGUGUUCAAUGGCGCUCUUCCUCAGGAUGGUUUCUCCCCGAUAGCUGGAGUACCUGGAUGGGGAUAGUUGUAUUUUAUUGGACUAGGAAGCUGUCAAUAGCUACUAGCAGGGGCGUAGCCAGAACCUACGGGAGGGGGGCAGAACCGACGGGAUUGGUCUGUUCGUCACGUAUUUGUAUUUAACUGGGGAGGCAGGUGCCCCCCUCCCCCACGCCCGUGGCUACUAGCCAUGGUGUCUAUGCCCUGAUCCACCAGGGUCUUCUUAUGUUCGUCCUUAUCUGUAUAGCUGUUUGAAUAUUCAGUAGUUCAGGAAUAAAGGGCAUGGCAAUAUUCCCCAUGGACUAUCUAGAGAGAGAGACCUCAGGCUUGUCUGGUCCUUCCCAUGCUCUUCUCAGUGCAGGGAGAAGGUGAACCAGGAGACUGCAUUUAUUUGAACAUUGAACCCUCCUUAAUCCUGUGAGCUUCAUCCCAGCUUGCAUCCACAAAAGAGUUCAUCUUCAAAUAAGCACAGUAUCUCUCCUAGUGAAGUUGUUCACUUCUGCAGGAAGGGAACACAAAAGUCCUGUGCCUUCUUCAAAGCAUCACUUGAAGGAAAAGUCUUUGGACAGAGCCAUAGUUCUGGUGAAUUCAGGAAAGCAUACGCCAAACAUUGUUUGUAGCUGUUGAAAUAACUUCACAUUAUCUUUUGUUUUCUCUUCUUAGUUUCAGUUGCCGCCCAAUACAUGACUAA